AUGGAUGGGUUACAGGAUCAAGUUAUGGUGGGAGGUAUCGAAUCUGCCGAUCAUGACAUGCGCAACGGUGAUACAUCUGCAGCAGGCGGCGCCUCCUUGAGGCCGCCCUCACCAGAUCAAGCCUCGUACACCCCUCAGUUCUCAUCCAACGCCUCCAUCAUCAUGGACCGCAUAAAGAGCAGCCGCCAAGAAAACAUGCUCGAAAAAUCAAGGACCGAAGUGGCUCACGAUCUGGAUGCAACUCUGCCAGUGCCGUCGGCAUCGCCCCUCCUCCAGACUCUGCCCAUGUCAACGAAUCCAACUUCAGCCGCGUGGAGCUCGUCCAACGCCGGGGCCAAGAGAAAGAGAGAGUCAUCGACGGAAAAGGUUGACUUUACGCAAAGCACGGUCGCCUUCCCGGUGGCAAAGGGGACAGAUGCUCUCCAGCCAAGCCUCCAGUCUCGACCCACGGUGCAGCCGGUGCAGUGCUCGAAAUGCGAGGGGUCUGCGCAGACGAGCCAGGGCCCUUUGGCUACGUGCGCGCACUGUCUCAGGUCCUGGCAUCAUCAGUGUCACGCUCCCACGAUCACCAGUGAGGCCAUGGCUGCCUCGAUAUUCGUCUGUGCUGCAUGCGCUGCAGAUCAAGAACAGGCGGUCAGGCUCAAGGGGAAGUCGAACCAGCAGCGGCAGUAUGAGGUCGAGAAGCUUCGCCAGAAGCGCCUGGCCGCGCUCCCAAGGGGCGUCGUUCCCGCAAAGCCUGGACUCGUCGGGUUCGGCGCAGGGCGCGCUCCAGACUCAUCGCGGACCGAGUACUUUGACCAGAUGCGCAAGACUGAUCUUCUGAACAUCCUCUCUCUAUGUGACCAGCUCAAGCCCAACCUCCUUGUCGACAUCCUUGUGUCUGUGUCGAAAAGACACCCUGAUCUGCCCAUGUUUGAUUCACCAGACUGGGAGGCUCAGUUAGCAACCCCCUUUCGCGUUCACAAGUUAUCAAAGCAUGAAGAAAAGCCACGGCACGGUCACGUUAUUAUAAGCAGCAAGGCAAGGUCAAAGCACAAGACCACCAAGAAGAUACUAAAGCGUACCCGCGUUAUUGAAGUCAUCACGACAGCACCUGAAGAGGAUGAGGAUAUCCUACCGCCAACGUGGGCAAAGGCUGGUGAGGGGUUGUACGCAAAGUUGCCCCCGGAGACGGAAGACAGGAGUCUCUUGAUGGACGAGAAUGAUGAAGAAUCUUUUAGCCAUUUCUCAGUGGAUGGUUUUGGUAAACAGAUCAUGGAGCCUGUGGGGGCAUAG